UGUGGAAGUUUGGGCAACACUUCCCAAAUUUGUCAAUCUCCAAAAAACAGUUGGUCGAAAACGUUAUGCUGAUGGAUAUCGAAUGCCUUUGCCCAAUUCUCUUUCAGAAAUUGAAAUUCCCGAACAAUUGAGGCGAACAAAAACUGAACUUCAAGAAGAAUUUAUUUUGGUAGAUACGGGGCCAGCUGAUCCAAAUCGAAUAAUUCUUUUGGGUUCUAGAACAGAUGUUGCUAGGUUGGCAGGUUGUGAUGUUUGGAUUUGUGACGGGACUUUUAAAAAUGGUGGAAAUGUUCAAACAUUAUAUCAACUUUGGAUAAUUUAUGGCCGUUUUGGACGUUCUUUUGUUCUUCCAUUUAUUUAUAUUUUAAUUCCUUCAAAAACAACAGACUUUUAUUUGAGAUCUAUAGAACUUUUACUUGUCAAAAUUGAUGAAAUAACUCCUGGUUCUCGUCCACAAACAAUAAUUAUUGAUUUUGAAAAAGUCGAAGAACAGGCUUUAAGAAAUGCUUUUCCUUAUGCAAUAAUUCAUGGAUGCUUCUUCCAUUUUAAGGAAUCUAUUUUGAGAAAAAUACAAGAAUUUGGUUGGGGAUUACAACAUCAAGAAGAAGAUGGUUUUCUUAAAUAUUUAAAAAUGUUUGUUUGUCUGACUUUUGUUGAUCCAGGUUUUUUUAAUUUUAUUAUUUUGUGUUAUUACUUUGGGUUGUUUUGUUUUAAUGACAAUGGGGGACAUUUUUUACUGUCAAUCCGAAUCUGA